AUGAUAACGAAGGCAAUAGAAGCUAGUGGAACAGUUACUAUUACAACUGUAACCCAGCAACUAUUUCGAACAAAGAUGGAUUUUAAUGAAUGUUUCAUUCAUCCAAAGUCAUUCUCUUUAGACCCUAACAUUUAUACAGAACUUGUAGAACAUUAUACAAACGAGGCUUUAUGUUUUCCUGUUAAAGUUAUGGAUUGGAUUCCUAUGGACGGUUCAUUCUCAAAGAAUACAGAUAGUUCAAGUGCAACAUUUACAGCAGCUUAUACGCCUAUUAAUGUUAAAAGUAUUUGGGCACUAUUUAGAAAGAAAGACAACUAUUAUGUUAAUUUUGAGAACCCUAAGUUUAAAUAUCUUCAGCUUUCCAUGGGAGCUUAUGGAAAUAUGCCUGCAGAACCUGAAAAAUCAUAUGGACCUGUAUUUUAUGAAAUGGUUGCGAACGCCUGCAAUACAAACAAUGAUAUGAUAGGAUUUAAUGAAGAUGUUAUGAGGUCAUUGGUGGAUGAUG